AUGGAGAAGUCGAUACGUCGCUUCUGCCAAAUAGAUCCGCUGAUGUUCUUCGCGUUUCCGCCCAAAUCCCAAUGUUUCAGAGAAGAGCCCACUGUAGUACAACCGACACUGGAUCUGCACGUUUAUCCACCAUUUGCUGAAUUUAUAGAAUUCGGCGGCGCCUCUAAGCACGUGCUCACAAACGCUGGCUCUUCAAGAAUGGUUUUCAAAGUGAAGUGCAGCAAUAAUUCUCUAUUUAAAGUAUCACCUGUCUAUGCAUUCCUCGACUCAGGUGCUUCGAUGGAAUUACAGGUAAAUGAAAGUCUAAUCUGUAGCUCUAUGGUUGAAUUACUGUAUGUCUACCAGUGUUUCGUGAAUUUUUGGCGUAUUUAA